AGCGGAAGCCAAGCGAAAACAGGCAGGCCAGGGAGGCUGACAGAUUAUAAAAAGAAAAAGGAAAACUUCCUUGUCGAUGAGUCGGUGUGUUUAAAAUAUUCGACGCUGUGUUGCCCUUCUAACGUCCAGAUGGUCUAUUAGCAGAAGGCCGACAAAAUGCUGCAAUUCUUUGGGAAAACCUCGUUUAAACGGCGAGGGUCACUUUUCGUCUUUCUUCUCCCCCUCGUUGUUUUUCUGGGUGACGCCAGGCUACAGAGGACACGCAGGGCCGGCCAGUCGACGGAGGAAAUGUCGGAAACUUACGACAAAUACUACAACUAUAUUGAGCUAACUGAGCGUUUACAGCAGCUGGCCCGGAGGUACCCCACCAUCGCUUAUCUGUCGAGCAUCGGCCAGUCCGUGGAGGGCAGGGAGCUGUGGGUGAUGCGGGUCACCGUGGACCCCGACAAAGAGACUCCCGGAAAACCUAAGUUUAAGUACGUGGGAAACAUGCACGGCGAUGAGACCGUGUCCCGCCAGGUGCUGGUCUACCUGGUGGAGUACCUGCUGGCUCGGUACGGGGAGGACCCGCGCGUGACGGCGCUGGUGAACAGCACGGAUAUUUACAUCAUGCCGAGCAUGAACCCCGACGGCUUUGAGAGGUCCAGAGAGGGGGACUGCGCCGGGGACCACGGAGGCCGAAACAACGCCAGAAACAAGGACCUGAACAGGAGCUUUCCUGACCAGUAUGACGGGACGAGCACGGACGCGGAGACGGUCCCCGAGGUCAUGGCUGUGAUCAGAUGGAUCCAGGAGAAAAAGUUUGUGCUGUCGGGGAACCUGCAUGGAGGCACAGUUGUUGCCAGUUACCCAUUUGAUGAUUCUGCCAAGCAUCAACGCCAGGGUUUCUACAGCCAGUCAGCGGACGAUGCUCUGUUUCGCUACUUGGCCCUGGCGUACUCGCAGAAACAUCCCGUGAUGAAGACCGGCAAGCCCAACUGCCCCGAAGACUCCUCAGAAACCUUUGAAGAUGGCAUUACCAAUGGGGCACAGUGGUAUGAUGUGCCAGGAGGAAUGCAGGACUAUAACUAUAUCUAUGGAAACUGCUUGGAAAUCACCAUGGAGCUCAGCUGCUGCAAGCAUCCCCCCACUAAUGAGCUCCGUAAGGAAUGGGAUCUAAACAGGGAAUCUCUUCUAGCUUACAUGGAAAAGGUGCACAUAGGUGUUCAAGGUUUUGUCACGGAUGCUGUAAGUGGAGCUCCCCUCAGCGAUGUCAGCAUUGUCGUAGCAGGCAUUCGUCACAACCUGACCACAGCAAAAUAUGGAGAUUACUAUCGGCUGCUUCUGCCAGGAACCUACAACAUCACAGCUGUGGCUGCUGGGCACUUGUCCAAGACAAUCAGAAAUGUCCAAGUCAUUGAAGGCGAAGCCACUAAGCUUAACUUUACUUUGGCUCCUUUGGUUGAUAAGACCACGAUAAAUGUCUCUCUGGAUACAACUUCCAUGCCACCUCAUGUUCAUCAACAAAACACCUCUACCAGUCCCUCUGACUUAUCACCAACUGAACCUACUCUUCCUGAAGAAAACACUAGUCGCCCCCGUAUUUUUCCAUCAUUGCAUAAGCCUAUCCAGCCCCAGGAAUUCCGCCACCACAACUAUGCAGACAUGGACUUGUUUUUGCGAAAAUACAGCAGCAAGUUUCCCUCCAUCACCCACCUCCAUUCUAUUGGUCGAUCGGUGGAAAAUCGUGAGCUAUAUGUGAUGGUCAUCUCUGACAACCCAAAGGUUCACGAGCACGGUGAACCAGAAUUCAAGUAUGUGGGCAACAUGCAUGGCAAUGAAGUGGUUGGGCGAGAGCUGUUGCUCAAUCUCAUUGAAUACCUCUGUCUUAACUACGGCACUGACCCAGAGGUCACUGAAUUGCUUAACAACACUCGAAUUCACAUCAUGCCGUCCAUGAACCCUGACGGUUAUGAGGUGGCCCGGGAAGGUGAUGUUCAGGGCUACAAAGGACGCAACAACAGCAACAACUUUGACCUGAAUCGCAACUUCCCUGAUCAGUUUGUCGACAUCACUGAACCCAGACAGCCAGAGACCACAGCUGUCAUGAACUGGCUGAAGAUGGUCCCAUUUGUCCUUUCAGCCAACCUCCAUGGAGGUUCUUUGGUGGUCAACUACCCCUUUGACGAUGACGCAGAUGGGAGCAGUCGUUACAGCAAGUCACCUGAUGACGCAGUCUUUCAGCAGUUGUCGAGAGCCUAUUCGCAGGAGAAUCCUCUGAUGCACAAUGGGCACCCUUGUAAGGACCUGUACUCUGAGGACGUCUUUCAGGAUGGGAUCACCAAUGGUGCUCAGUGGUACUCUGUUCCUGGUGGCAUGCAGGAUUGGAAUUACGUCAAUACAAACUGUUUUGAGGUGACCAUUGAACUGAGCUGUGUCAAGUACCCAAUGGCUGGAGACCUGCCACAAUAUUGGGAGCAAAACUAUCGAGCCUUGCUUCAGUUCAUACAUCAGGUUCACACUGGCGUUAAGGGCACCGUUUCUGACAUUGGAGAUGGCACAGGUAUACCAAAUGCCACCAUCAGUGUGGAGGGGAUCAAGCACAACAUCACCACAGCUCAUGCUGGAGACUACUGGAGACUGUUGGUCCCAGGGACCUACUCUGUCACUGCCUCUGCCCAUGGUUAUAAGCCUGUGACAAUUUUGGCAACGGUUUCAAAGGAUCGAGCAGAAAUAGUUGACUUCCGACUGACGCGUUUGUACCAGGAUGGCAACGGCCAGACUCCCAGCGGUCCCUAUCCCACGCAGAACCCGUCUGAGAAGGAGCUGCAGAGCUUGAUCAAGGAGCUGUCCUUGGGUCAGGGCUUGGCGCAGCUGGUUAGCAGUUCAGCCACAGACAGCAGCUUUCGCUACAGAAGCUUCAGAGACCUGUCCGCCUUCCUGAAAGGCCUGACACUUAACUUUCCAAAAAUUACCAUUCUACACAGGUUGGGUCAGAGUGUGGAGUUCCGAAAUAUUUUUGCCCUGGAAAUAUCUAAUAAGCCUACAGAGCCAGAACCAUCGGAACCAAAUAUUCGCUUUGUAGCAGGAAUCCACGGGAAUGCCCCAGUGGGCACAGAGAUGCUGCUGGAGUUUGCUGCCUUUCUGUGUAUCAACUAUGGCAAGAACCCAGCUAUCACCAAGCUUAUCAACUCAACCCGGAUUUUCAUUGUUCCCUCUGUCAACCCUGAUGGACGAGAACAAGCAGUUGAGAAGCAGUGCACGUCGGCACAGGGCAAGAACAAUGCCAAUGGCAAAGAUUUGGACACAGACUUCUUUGGCAAUGCCUCCCAACGUGUGGUUGAGCCCCAGCCUGAGACCAAAAGCAUGAUGAACUUUAUCAUGAACAACAAGUUCACUCUGUCUGUAGCUCUGGAUGGAGGCUCCCUUGUGGUGACGUACCCUUAUGACAAGCCUGUCCAAACCGUUGAAAAGGAGGGCACACUGAAGUAUUUGGCAAGCGUUUAUGCCAAUAACCACCCCAAGAUGCACCUCGGGGACACUGGGUGUUCCAAUAAUGCGCAAGGGGGCAGAGUUCCAGAUGGAGUAAUACUAGCAGCAGAGAGACAAAGUCACAUGGGGAGCAUGAAGGACUUCAGUAUGGACUUUGGCAACUGUCCUGAAAUCACUGUGUACACCGGCUGCUGUUUUUUCCCCCCGGCUGAUCAGCUGUCCACACUUUGGGCUGAGAACAAGAAAGCCCUGCUCAGCAUGUUGGUGGAGGUCCAUAAAGGAGUGAGAGGUGUUGUAAGAGACAAGAAAGGAAAACCAAUAGUUGGAGCCAUCAUUGUCAUAAACGGUGGAAGGAGAGUGUAUUCCACAGAAGGAGGCUACUUCCACGCUCUUCUUGCUCCUGGCAGCCACGAUAUUGAAGCCGUUGCCGAUGGCUACCAACAAAAACAUCUGAAGGUUGUGGUGUCUUCCUAUGAAGCUGCCAGAUUCCUGCUCUUUGAGUUUGAUGCGGACAACACCAUCUUUGGCUUGGAAAGGGAGUUUGUUGUGGCCAGUGCAGCAGCCUCCAUGACUGCGUUGGUGGUGACGGCAUUCAUCAUCUGGUGCGUGUGCGCAGCCAAGUCCGGUCGUCAAAAAGACGGCUUCCAUCGCCUGCGACAGCACCGUGAAGAUUACGACGACGACGAGAUACGUCUCGCCUCCAUGGGCUCCAAGAAAUCUCUGCUUGCCAAUGAGUUUCAGGAUGAGAGUGAAAGCGAAGAGGAGACUUUGUAUGCGAACAAAAUCUGAGAAAUGUUGAACCACUUUAGUCCAGUGCUGAACCCCCACCACUGUCAUACUACAGAUCAGCAAAGGAGCAUGCAAAACUCAAGACUGAGCUGCCUCUCUGUGUCGGUGUAUUAAAACUGUAAGAUAAUUCUUUUUUUAAACUCCACAUCAUUAGUCUCAGCCUUGAUUACUUGGAUUUCAGUUUUGCUAAAUGAAUUUUUUUUUUUUUCCUCCCGAGCCAUUUAAGACUAUUCCCUUAGGUCAAACUCCGUCCAGCCCAUCAAGUCCAAAACAACCUGUUUGAUAGUAGACAAAUCUCCUCCAGGUGUUUUUGCUGUUUUUAUUUUCAAACUAUUUAUAAAAAUAGUUUUUAUUUAUUAGUCCAAGACAAAAUGGUGGCACAGCAAUGUCCAAGCCUUUAGGUGACUGAAUCCAACACGGUGCCUUGUCUUCUCUAAACUUUAUACUACUUGCUUCAUGCCGGGAUUUGAUCCAAAACUCAGGUGGUUUUGCGGGAAAUAUAUGAGAUCAGGGGAUCUGAGAUCCAAAGCGUGCAGUUGAAAUUGGCUUAUCUGUUCUCAGCAGAUUUAUGUUUGUAUGUUUGGGAGGAAGCUUAAAAAUGUCAUGGAGAAUUUGUUAAAAAGCUUCAUUCUAACUCUGCCUUGUUAAUGGAGUGUUUUCCUGUUGUGAUCCAGCAUUGUGCAAGCUGAAAAUAGAUUGUUGUUUUUUUUUUAAUCACUGGCCAAGACAGAAACCUACAGGUAAUUGUGAAAAGAAUGUAUUCUAUUAUCUUUGAGUCUGUUGAAAUCUGUAAAAAAAACAAAAACCCUGCUGACUUUCACUAAUGUCACAUGACAUCUGUGCCCAAAUUCUUUUAACAGAAAUAUUUGGAAUCUUCUGAGUUUCUUUUUCACUACGGUGACUUAAAUUUGGAAUGAACAACAAAUGACUAAGCAAAAUAAAAUGUUUUUGUUUGUUCUAAAAACCAAAGGGCGUGUUAUGCAGAAAAUGGAUCAUGGUUUAUGACAGUGUGACUAUAUUCACCAAUCUUUUUAGGCAGCAUCAGUCUCUAUGGGGAUGUUUGUUAGAACAUUUUGAACAAGUUUGUCAGAGGUUCAUCACAAUUUGAAAGUUUUACCAUGAAAUCGUUUUUCCUUACAUGACUAGAAGGAAAUUGAAGAAUGAUGGAUGAGAUUUUCAUAUGUUUGGACUAACUUGCGGAUCUCCAAACUAUGGGUUGUCUACAACUGUUUCAUUGCUUUGCAUGGCUUUGAAGCAAUACAAAUGUUGCCGUGACAGGUUUGCUGUAAUUUCUACAGCUGUUUUGUCGAGAAAUGAUUGUGGAGAAACACUUUUGUAAGUUAUUUUUCCUAUACUGUGCAUAAGAUCUGUAUAUGAACUUUGGAAUACCAUUUUUGUGUGUUAUUGUUGCACAGUGUUGGUGUAAAGAUUUUAUAUAAACUGGAAUGAAAUGUAAAUAUUUAUCAAUUGUGAUUGGGAGUGAAAAAGUGCACUUUGUGUUUACCAUAAAUCCACAAUAUAACAUCUCAAAGCUUUGUUAUACCAUGACAGGCUAAUAUUCACAAGACCUCACAAAACAAGGAAAUAAAAUAAUUCACUGCA